UUUUGCUCUUGUGACCGCUCACACGCACGCAUACAUCACCGUCCAGGCAUAUAGGCCGGCGCAGUAGACCACCGCGACCUCUGCCGAUCGCGUCACAGCGUCUGCGCUGCCUCCGCGCGCUGCGACCGCUGUGAGAGCAUGGGCUCACUCAAGGACAAAGUGCGCAAAAAGAAGCGCAAGGACGCCGACGCGGCAGUAGCAACCGAGGACGACGCCGAACGCGCCGAACGCAAACGUCAGAAGAAGGAGAAAAAGCGCCUCGCCGCCGCCGCGGACGCCGCGCCGCCCGCCAAGGACGACGCGGCGGCGCGCAAGCGACGCAAGAAGGAAAAGAAGGAGCGGCAAAAAGCUAAGGCCGCGGCUGCCGAAGCGACGCCGGCCGCCGCGCCGGCGCCGGCACCGUUCGACGACGAGGCCGCCCGGACCGUCUACUGCGAGGGGCUGCGGUACGACGAGGCCGAGGACGACGUGCGGGCCUUCUUCGCGGCGCACGGUGCGAUCAAGGAGCUGCGUUUGCCCAGGUACCAGGACUCGGGUCGGCUCAGGGGCUAUGGCCAUAUCGAAUAUGAAUCAGCAAACAGCGCCACCGCCGCACUCAAGGCGUCCGGAUCGAGCCUCGGCGGCCGCUACGUGACGAUCCAGCCGUCCAAGGCCAAGGACCAGGCGACCUGGACGCCGCGGCCGCGGCCCGACGGCUGUCGGACGGUCUUCGUGAAAAACCUGCCUUACGAUAUUCCCAGCGACGCCCUGCGCCGCUCCUUCGAGAAGUUCGGCAAGAUCAACGACGUGCGCUUGGCCGUGCACAACCACACGCAGCGCCAGAAGGGCUUUGGCUACGUGACCUUCGUCAAGGAGACGUCGGCCGAGGCGGCCGUGCGCGGCCAGGGCGGGGUGACGGUGCGGGGGCGGGCCGUCUACGUCGACUACGACGCGCCGGGGGGCGGGCCCAAGGCGUCCUUCCGCGCGGCGACGGGGCAGCCGUGGGCCAAGACGAAGGCCGGGAAGCGCUUCAAGCGGGAGCAGAGGUCUGCGGGGUACGGGUAA